AUGGCUGUUCUUCCACCUGAUCCUGUAUUUACCCUAAGAUGUGCUGAAAUGGGCCCUGUCAAUUCCCUGUGCUUUCAUCGCAACGAACGUCUUCUGGCCGGCACCACCAAAGGUAAAAUUUUCCUCUGGGAUCUUUCCACCAAUCGUUCCAGUUUACAUUUUGAGGUGGGACAUCAGGAACCCAUCACUGCCCUACACCACACCGAUGAUGAACUGCUGAUAUCUCAGGAAAAAGGUGGCCGCAUCACACUGUGGCAAAUGACCAAUACCGGUUAUAAACGUCAGCUGGUUUUGCCGGCCAAUUAUAUGGGCUAUUGUCGUUCCGUUCUAUUUAAUAAUGCCCACAAUCAAGAGGACCCAUUACUGUUCUAUCCCUGUGAUGAGAAUACAAUUGGUGUUUUGCAUACCACGGAUCCGGAGAAUUCGGUGCAAAUGUUAGUUCCUGCCGAACAGCUACCCCAGCAAAAAUUGGGUACAUUGAAUUGUUUGAAACCCUUCGAACAUGCGUCGCAAAUAUUUUGUCUGGCCGGUUAUGAGAGUGGUUAUUUUCUGACAUGGGAUCUUAGUUCGGGUAUGGUUGUGGAUGUGGCACAAAUCGAGCCAGAUCCAAUGGCUGUGGAUUAUAAUCCAGCAACAAAUAGAGGGGUGAUUGGAGGGCCAGGUGACAAAAUAACCACCUUCUCCUAUCAAAGACAAACAAUGCGGUUUCAACGUUCCUCAGAUAUAGCCCUAAAAAAUCCCGGCAUAAAUUGCAUCAAAAUUCGACAAGAUCAAAAGGUGUUCUGUGCCGGUGGUUGGGAUGGUCGGGUGCGUAUAUUCUCAUGGAAGAGUCUACGGCCAUUGGCAGUGUUGACAGAACAUAAAUCAGGUGCCAUCAUGGAUAUUGCCUAUUCCACCGGGCCGGUGGCCAUGUGGAAGGCUCCCAUUAUGGCUGUGGCCGGUAUGGAUAGUCAAAUUUCUUUAUGGAAUUUAUACAAUUGAAUUGAAUGAUCGAUGACCUUAUAGUGUCAU